AUGAGCCAAAAGGCCGAGUUCUCGAAGAGCGACUCGUCUCCCCAGUUUCAGUCAGGCAAUGAAGAGGUACAAUACCGGCUGCUGCCGAUGAGAAGAGAAGUGACCAUUAGCCCGCCUUCUGUUGGCAACGCGGAGGCCGAGACAGACGGAACAAGUGAACUCUGGUCGGAACCCGGUCUUUCUAAACCUGGAUCAGAGGAUGACGUCGGCGAUAGUGAACGAAAAUUGGGCAGUGGACAGUUUCUACACAGCGAGACUGUACUCAUUCCUGGCGUCUGUGUGGACAGGCAGUGCCAGUGUGUGGACGGUGUCUGGCACUGCUUCGACUAUUGCACCCCUCUCGACCAGCUUCCCUGCGCUGCCGUCAAUGUGGUUGUGUGGGAUCCCUUCUGCUGCCCUCGAUGCAUGGGUAGGUUCUUUGACCGCAGAAUACAUUUAAACUUUCUCAUUGGCCUCCAUUCCAACCCUUGA